CCAAACAUCACGUGUCCCUGGAUGACUACCAGCCCGCUUGUCCGGCAGUGCCUCACCCUCCUCUUCCACUCCAAGAACUCCUCGAGCCCGCUCGCUCCCGCCACCGCCGCCCAGCUCCACACGCUCCUUCUCACGUCCGGUCACCUCCACUGUAAUAGCCUUCGUCUCGUCUUCCUUUCGUAAUGUGCCUGCGGCCGCCCCUUCCAUGCCCGCAACCUGCUCGCUCAAAUGCCUCACCCGCCUCCGGUUUCCUUCUCCAACACCCUCCGCUCCUACGCCGGCCUCGGCUUCCACCGAGGGGCCCUCUUUCUCUACUCCCAUAUGCGCGCCUUCGACCACCUCACCUUCCCCUUCGCCGCCAAGGCUUGUGCUGGCCUCCGCCUCGGCCGCCGUGGGCGCUCCGUGCACUGCCGCGCGAUCGCGGCGGGCUUCGGCAGCGACACGUACGUGCAGAACGCGCUCGUUUCCAUGUAAUGUACAUGAGCUGCGGUGACGUGGUCGCGGGGGAGGCGGUGUUUGGCGCGAUUCAGAACCGGACAGUCGUGUCGUAGUCAUUGCUGGGUGCGUCAAGAACGGCCGUGCAGAGAGGGCGUUGGAGGUGUUUGAGAAGAUGAUGGGUGGUGGCGUCGGCGUUGACCGUGCCACGGUUGUCAGUCCUGACAGCUUGUGCGCAAACAGAGGACUUAAGCACUGGAAGAUCUGUGCACAGGUUGGUUGAGGAGAGUGGCUUGGGGGCCUAUGUCACGGUGAAGAAUGCAUUGAUCGACAUGUAUGGUAACUGCGGGAGCUUGGAAGAUGCAAGAAGAAUGUUUGACGACGACAAAUAUGAUAAGGAUGUUGUUUCUUGGACGGCGAUGAUUGGUGCUUGCGUGCUGAAUGACCAUGCGGGCAAGGCCUUGGCUCUUGGUUGUGAGAUGCUGAUGACCAGUGAAGCAUGGCCCAAUGGAGUCACCAUGGCGUAUCUACUUCCAGCUUGUGCUAGCUUGCCGUCAGGGAAACGUGCCAAGUGCACACAUGCGUUGUGCAUUAGACUUGAGCUUGAAUCAGACAUUGUUGUUGAGACUGCACUUGUUGACAGUUAUGCAAAAUGUGAUCAUAUGGAGAUGAUAGAGAUGAUGGUCGAGAAAGGAUCGCGAUGGACAGAAACGUGGAAUGCAGCAAUCUCUGGUUAUACUCACAGAGAACAGCAAAAGAAAGCUAUAGAGCUGUUUAAGCGGAUGAUUGCAGAAUCAGUGCGCCCAGAUCCUGCAACAAUGGCAAGCGUCCUCCCAUCCUAUGCAGAAUCUGCGGACCUGGUACAAGCGAAGAACAUCCACUGCUGCUUACUGACUCUGGGAUUUCUUGGGAGUACAGAAAUUGUCACCGGUUUGAUCGAUGUGUAUGCCAAGGUCGGUGAUUUUGAGGUGGCAUGGGCGCUCUUCCAGUGGUUACCUCAAAAGGACGUUGUUACAUGGACUACGGUUAAUGCUGGGUAUGGCAUGCACGGACAUGCCCGAACUGCCAUCCUGCUAUAUGACAGGAUGGUGGAAUUGGGGGUGAAGCCGAACACCGUCACCAUCACCAGCCUUCGGCUGUUCAACGACAUGCGUAACGUCCAUGACCUGAUGCCAAAUGCCAAGCACUACUCGUGACUGGUUGACAUGCUUGGGCGUGCUGGGUGGAUCGAGGAGGUGCACCGCCUCAUCGAAGACAUGCCAUUCGAGUCGAGUACCUCGGUGUGGGGGUGCUCUGCUGGGUGCCUGUGUUCUACACGAGAAUGUUGAGUUCGGGGAGGUUGCGGCAAAGCAUUUGUUUGAGCUUGAACCGGAGAAUACUGGGAACUAUGUGUUCCUUGGGAAGGUAUAUGCCACUGCUGACAGAUGGGGCGAUGUUCAAGAUCUACGGGGAAUGGUGGCAAAAAGGGGUCUUUGCAAGGAACCGGGAUCAAGUUUAGUCGAUGCAAGGUCUGAAUCGUGCCAGACCUCAAUGCAGUAGAACUGAGAAGCAAUUAUCAAUUUCUCUUAAUGGACUGCUAGGCGAAUGCACACCAAAGAAGACAGAAUAAACAGAAACACACCAAAUGCACAGCUUGUAGGUUUGACGCUAAAAAUUAUUCUGCCGAGACAGAAGGAUGUUAAUUAUAGCGACGGGUGGUGGCGCGCAUGUUGGUUGCUCACAACGCUUCUGGUUCUCACACACGAAGGAGGGGACGUGCUUGGUCAAAAUGCCCCUCCCCGGGCUUGGUGGCAUCAUGCAAGCCUCCAUCCCCGUUUUCCACAUCCCUUUCUCUCCUCCUCGCAGCACCGCUGUUUGUUUCUAAACCAGAGGAAGAAAGGAAGGAAGAGAAACCAUCAACCAUGUCAAACUCGGCGUCAGGAAUGGCCGUCUGUGACGAAUGCAAACUCAGGUUCCUGGACCUUAAGGCGAAAAGGAGCUUCCGUUUCAUUGUGUUCAAGAUCAACGAGAAGGUGCAGCAGGUGGUGGUGGACAGGGUUGGCCAGCCGGAUGAGAGCUAUGAUGACUUCACCGCCUGCUUGCCCGCUGAUGAGUGCCGCUACGCGGUGUUUGAUUUUGACUUUGUUACUGAUGAGAACUGCCAAAAGAGCAAGAUCUUCUUCAUCUCUUGGUCCCCAGAUACGUCAAGGGUGAGGAGCAAGAUGUUGUACGCGAGCUCCAAGGACCGGUUCAAGAGGGAGCUCGACGGCAUCCAGGUAGAGCUACAAGCAACUGACCCGAGCGAAAUGAGCAUGGACAUCAUAAAGUCGCGAGCGCUCUGAAACAACCCGGUCAUUCACUGCACCCUCCAGGAGCAAAAGGCGUUAUUGCAUCAGCUCCCGGCCUUGCAAUUUCGUCUGUUGGUGACGGUCAUCCGUUUUCGUGUCAUUGUUUUCCUGGAAGCAAAGUGUUGCAUUAUGUAUGAGACUGAUGCCGUUUUCCCUUUUCCCGUCUCUGCUGUAGUCCUGCUACUGCUGUAAACUAGAACUUAUUUGCGUUUCAAGACUUGGAUAUUUUAUCUCGUGGCAUUGUCGAGUCAUUCAUGUGUCUAUGCAAUGCUAGUUGUGAAGCCUAAUGUACCGUAGUUAAUCACCGAAUUUUCACAAGCUUGAU